AGACUGAGAAAUCGCAGAAACGGCCUGUCGUGGUUUGCUCCGCCGGUCUAAUUCGAGGCCCUCCCACGGAUUUUGCCCGUGCACACUGUGGAGGUCGGAUUCCCAACAGUUUCAAAGGGGAAUCGGAUCUUGCUCAAGCUGGGGUUAUCGAUAAGCUCUGGAAAUUCCAUGCAAAAGGGGAACUCAAUUAACCCCUCCAGGCUGUCCCCUGAAUGUGAUAGAUUUGCGGGCUAUAGAUAGACCAGAAGUAAGGGAUGCAAGCCUGCAAUGGAAGGCCAUCCAUCCUCCUCCACCGCCCUCGCAUCCCCCCAAUCCCUUUUGAGUUUAGCCUCUCGUUUUCUGCCUUAAGGUUUUUUUUGGUAGUUUUUAGUUUCAACGUUUUUUCUUUCUCAACAAUUUUUAGCGAGUCGUCAAUCUUCGACUGGUAUCUUUCUUAUUUUUUCUUCUCGGCCGUCUGCAUACCGUCUGCAUCUCGUCUUAGGGCUUCUCGAGACACGGGACAAUUCAAUCUUCGCCUAUUGGCCAGCACUAUUGUAUUGGUCUUGCCCUUGCGGCAUAAACUCGGGAUUUGCAUGACUUCUGACGAAGUACGGAGUAUGUACACCGCCGGAAGAGUCUUCAGUAGAUACUCCGAGCAUGCCCAUUGAAUCUUGGCCAUAUAGUCCCACUUGCAUGGCCUUCUUAUGCUGUCAAAUCCAAGAA